UGUAAUGUGAAAGUAAAUUUUUUUUGCAAAUAUUUCGAGGUUAUUUAGAAAUGUACUUGAAGAUUUAAAAACUUUUGUACAAAAAGGUUUUGGCUACUAGUGAAAAUGGGGGCUUCAAGAGGCUCUAAUGAUGAAUAUUUAUUCGACCCUCAGCUUUUGAAGGGUUUGGAUUGGAAUUCAGUACUGAUUAAUUUAAAUCCUCCAAUUACCAACGAAAAUCCUGGAGAGCCAUGGUUGCUAGUUCGACCGUUGGCCCUUUCAGAUUACAGUAAAGGAUAUGUACAAAUAUUGUCACAAUUGACUAGUGUUGGAAAUGUGUCUACAGCAGAUUUUGAAGGUCAGUUCCGCAAUAUGCAAAAAGCUGGUGGAUAUUACGUAACAGUUAUAGAAGAUACCAGAAAUAAUAAAAUAAUUGGUGCUUCAUCUCUAAUAACCGAAUUUAAGAUGAUACAUAAUUGUGGCUUGAGAGGUCGCCUGGAAGAUGUUGUUGUAAAUAAUACAUACAGGGGAAAGCAGUUAGGAAAACUAAUUGUACUCACAGUGUCACUUCUUGCAAAGAAAUUAGGCUGCUAUAAAAUGUCUCUGGAUUGUAAGGAUAGUUUAAUACCAUUCUAUAAAUCUAUUGGAUAUAAAUUAGAACCUGGCAAUGCGAAUUCUAUGAUUGUUCGUUUUGAAGAGCCUUCAAAACCUGUGGAUCCUUCCUGACAAUUAGCCGCCAAUGCUGCCAAUGUCAAAUCCAAACUUUAACUGUUUUUUUUUUAUAGUUCAUGCCCUUUGUAGCUAUACGUGUAUCAUGGCACUGUUUAGUUGAAGUUAAUUUUAAAAUACACGAGUUCUUUUGAGUUACACGAUCUUAACAAGAUCUUAAUAUUAUGUUUUGGUAAGGAAGUGUUAAAUAGUGCAAUCAAUUUGCUUUUUUACAAUAAAUAAUUUUCAAAAAUAUUAAUAGACAUUCAAAACAAUUUUAUUUAAUUCAUUAUUUAUAAUUAUUAUGACAAAGGUUUGCUUAAUGAAGUAAACACUUUAUACUUAUUUAUAUUUAUACUUCGAGAUAUAAAAUUUGUUGUCUAGAAUAUAUCAUUUAUUUAUUU